GUUCAACAUGCACUCUUCCGCCAUCAGCUGUAUAGGAAUCAUGGCGGAAUGUAAAAAGUCUACCUCAUAUCCGUCUCCAGCUUCAGAAAUGACCUCUCUCACUAGAGCUUUGUCCCAUUCAAGGUUGAGUCAACUUGAUCAGUCUGAUGUGUUUAAAUCGCAAACUUCUUUUUACCGGAGCAAUGUGGCACAGCCAGGCCGACGAAGGAGGUUGUCGAGCAGCAACAGUGUUGAGUCUCUAGAUGUGAGCCCCUGUGCUGAAGCGCGAGUCUUGGUCAUCAACACCGGAGGAACUAUCGGGAUGAUGUACCAUAAUAACGUGCUGUCCCCAGAGCCUAAUGCGUUUGUUAAGGCCCUGCGAAAGCUUCCCAUCCUCCAUGAUGAGCAGUAUGCCCUGCAGACCCGUAUGUACGACUACUACAGCACGAGUGGCCCACAGGAGAACACCCUUGUCCUGCCGAUGCCGACACACCUCGCUGAUGAACUAUCAAAAAGGCUGUGUAAACAAAAUAAGAGGAUAGUGUACACUGUUUUAGAGUACAGCCCCUUGCUGGACUCUUGCAAUAUGACCACAGAUGACUGGGCUACAAUUGGGAAGGACAUUGAGAAACACUAUGAGAAGUAUGACGGUUUUGUCAUUCUCCACGGCACGGACACCAUGGCCUACACAGCAUCUGCUCUGUCCUUCAUGUGUGAGCACCUGGGGAAGCCUGUCAUCCUCACCGGCUCCCAGGUGCCGAUCUAUGAGAUGAGGAACGAUGGAAGAGACAACCUGUUGGGGGCACUGCUGAUCGCUGGUCAGUUUGUCAUUCCUGAGGUUUGUCUGUAUUUCCACAACAAGCUGUACCGGGGCAACCGUGUGACCAAGGUGGAUUCUGGGAGUUUCAAUGCCUUCAAUUCUCCUAACCUGGCUCCUCUGGCCAAUGCUGAAGUGGAUAUUAAAAUUAACUGGGACACGGUGUGGAGAGCAAACACAACCUCGCGGUUCAGAGUGAGCACUCAGAUGAACCGUAAUGUGGGUCUGCUGAGACUCUUCCCUGGCAUCACUGCGAUGACUGUGAAGUCCUUCCUGCAGGCGCCCAUGGAGGGCAUCGUCCUUGAGACGUAUGGUAGUGGAAACGCCCCUGACAACCGUGCUGACCUGCUUGAGGAGUUCCGGAAUGCCACAGAGAGGGGCGUGAUCAUGGUCAACUGCACCCAGUGUCUAAGGGGUUCUGUCACCACAUCGUACGCCACCGGAAAGGCCUUGAGUGACGCAGGACUGGUGGCAGGCUGUGACAUGACUCCUGAGGCUGCCCUGUGCAAGCUGUCCUACGUGCUGGCCAGGACGGACCUCAACAAAGAGGCCAAAAUAAAGAUGCUGAGUCAGAACCUGAGGGGAGAGAUGAUUGCUGACCUGCAGGGGGCCAAGCUCACUCUGAGCGACAGUCGCUUCAUCCAGGUCAUCGCCAAGUCCCUGAGCAUCAGCUGUAAGGAGGAGCUAGAAGCCGUCCGGGAUGCUCUGACCCCCACCUUAGCUUGUGCCGCUUCUAAGGUGGGAGACGUGGAGGCCUUGGAUGCCAUAAAGGAGAUGGGCAGUAACCUAAGUCUGGGGGACUAUGAUGGACGUACCCCUCUGCACAUCGCUUCCUGUGAGGGCCACCUCAAAGUGGUGCAGUAUCUACUGAGCCAGGGCGCCACUGUCUACGCCAAAGACCGCUAUGGGGACACACCCCUACGCAAUGCUGUGCGCUUCAGACACAAAGAGGUGGUGAAGCUGCUGAGAAAGACUGGAGCUCAUUUCUCCAGGGAUGAGUUGGAGGAUGCCGGCUCAGAGCUGUGCAGUCUGGCAGCCAGUGCUGACAUUGAGGGCCUGGAGAUGUGGCACCUGGCCGGGGGAGACCUGGACACGCCAGGCUACGACGGGCAGACUCCGAUGGAGGUGGCUAAGGCUGUGGGGAAUGAAGUUGUGAUUGACUUCUUACACCAGGUCAGCCAGUACCACGCCCAGCCUCUGUUUAAAGAUAUUGCUGAGAAUGGAGAAUACAUUGAGUUCUCAGCCUGUCCAAAAGAAUCCUGAAGGCUAAGACCUUCAACUCUUACCUUUCCAUUUUACUCUCUUACUCUGGACAUUUGCACAAGUUUGCAGAUUAACAGUUUUUAUUUAGAUUCAUCCAAACCAUUUACAAUUGAUAUAUUUGUGUUAAUCUCAUAUACAGUUGGUAAACUGUAGUUGUAGAAGCACUAGUAGCACAACAUUGAAUGUCAAGUAAUAUGGAUGCACUGUGCCUAGAACGGGCAGCACUAUAUCUGUUUGUUUUGUAUAUACCACAGUAUAUGAUGCAUGUGGAGCAAUUCACUCUAAUAUGCAUUAUCAGAGAUCAUUGGAAGCACAGGGUAGAAUGCUGUUCUUUAUUCUAGGCACGUGAUGGGUAGAAUGCUGUACCUUUUAGAUGUGCUUUAUGAAACGCUUAGAGACAUUUAUUGUAAACGGAAAUCAUUGUGUGAAUAACUGUUUGCCUAUAUGCUUAUAGUCUCACUUAGACUGCAUGAGUGAUACAUUUUUUCCACCUCCUGAAAGUACAGGUAUCUGAGGUGUUUCCUGUUUAUGAAACAGGACAAUCCGUCCCUCUGUUCUGCUUCCACACAGCUCCUAGCAUCCAAAUCCAGCGUCCUCUAUAGUUGAUAAAAGCAUCUGCUAAAUUACAUUUUUAUCUAAAGGAACUUGCAGAGACAAACGGUUACUCCAAUCAAUGUGAAAUUCCAACCCACAUUGUCUUCUGUAGUUGGGGUUGCCUCACCCUGCUUACUUGUUUCCCUACUCUAACAGCCCGGGCAGAGAGACCAAUGUCAUAUAGCUGGACAUCACUACAGCUGUUAUCCAGUAACUAUUACUGAGUGGUACACUCCUACUCUCUAUGUUCAUGGUCAAUUAACUAUUUGAUUCAAUUAAUUUCGCUACACUAAUUUCGCUACACUUGCAAUUUCGCUACACUUGCAUUAACACCUGCUAACCACGUGUAUGUGACAAAUACAAUUUGAUUUGAUUUGAAAUGUCAACAUUAUCAUUAGUAUGUGUCAAUCCAUGUCAUUGUUUUUGUCAUGCAUAUUUGUACUAUUGUGUAACUAGUAGAAAAUGUAUCAUAACUUUAUACUUGACUGUGAUUAAAUGUAUACAUAUAUGCUGUAUCUGAAGCACACAGGUUUGUGGACAACAGGAUGUUCCCUGAUCGCCUCUACCGUUCAAAAGUUUGGGGUCACUUAGAAAUGUCCUUGUUUUUGAAAGAAAAGCACAUAUUUUGUCCAUUUUAAAAUCAUUGAUCAGGUAUACAGUGUAGACAUUGUUAAUGUUGUAAAUGACUAUUGUAGCUGGAAACGGCUUUAAAAAAUGUUUUAUGGAAUAUCUACAUAGGCGUACAGAGCCCCAUUAUCAGUAACCAUCACUCCUGUGUUCCAAUGGCACUUUGUGUUAGCUAAUUCAGGUUUAUCAUUUUAAAAGGCUAAUUGAUCAUUAGAAAACCCUUAUACACUUAUGUUAGCACAGCUGAAAACUGUUGUUCUGAAUAAAGACGCAAUAAAACUGGCCUUCUUUAGACUCGUUGAGUAUCUGGAGCAUCAGCAUUUGUGGGUUUGAUUACAGGCUCAAAAUGGCCAGAAACAAAGACCUUGCUUCUGAAACUCAUCAGUCUGUUCUUGUUCUGAGAAAUGAAGGCUUUUCCAUGUGAGAAAUUGCAAAGAAACUGAAGAUCUCGUACAACGCUGUGUACUACUCCCUUCACAGAACAGCCCCUUUUGUUCUGUUUUAGUUUUGUCACCAGUAGAUUCUGUUUUCUGUGACUGCUGCUUUAUUGCUGUAAGAGGUUGAGAAGUUGCCAGGAGAGAUGGUGAAUGUCAUGCAGUUCAUUUAUAGAACAUGUACUUCAAUAAAAUACUUUUGUAGACAGCA